UUGUACUAUUUCUUUCAGGCAUAGUCUCGGGGAGGUUCUUGAUGCACCCAAUGUUAUGUCAAUGAUAAAAGAUACUAAGGCAGCUCAGGAGGUGAAAGCACUAAAAGAUUUUCACGAGAUGAUGUCAAAUGACCCAGCACGUGCAUGCUAUGGUCCUAAGCAUGUUCAGGUGGCUCAUGAACAACUGGCCAUUCAAACGCUUCUCAUCACUGAUGAACUUUUCAGAAAUGCAGAUAUACCAUCUAGGAAGAAAUACGUUGAGUUGGCUGAGUCAGUCGAGAAUGCAGGAGGAACUGCACACAUAUUCUCUUCUAUGCACAUUUCUGGCGAACAGCUUCAACAACUGACUGGCAUAGCAGCCAUUUUAAGAUUUCCCAUGCCAGAACUAGAAGAUCUGGAGAUGUGAAAAAGUUUUGAACGAAUACUAUGACUAAGCACUAUGGAAAAUUGUUGCUCUGCUUCGAAAAAGGGCAACAAAGCAAAUAUGAUUUCAUUGGUUGUUUUGCCUUUACAAUAAAUGGAUUGCGAACAUACACUGGAAACCCUUUUGUAUUUUUGUUGGUAAUAUGAAUAUUAUGUGUUAUAUUCCAGCUUAUUUGUUUGGACAGGGUCUGUUUAGAUAUGACCACUUUUAGGGUUCUUGGUUGACUACCCAGUUCUCAUUUGUCCGCAAAUAUAGUUGAACUAUGGUCCUGAAGUAUCUAUUAGAAGAAACCUUGAAAAUUGAAAGUAACCAAGUUUUGGUGCUAAUAAUCAGAGCUGACACGACACAUUACCUGCUGAAGAAUAUCUAUACUUGGAAAUGAAGUAAAAUCUGCACCAACCUUGGUCCACUACAGGGCAUGUAGCUUACUUUGGCUACUGAAAUCAGUACUGUGUAAUUACUAACAGUAAAUUAGGGGCAAUUGUUCAUUCUGCAGGGCCAAGUUUGGAUGUCUCUACAACACAGAAGACUUCAGGCACCCCUGUAUUGCCCUGUUUAUGAAGUAGACACAGCAUUGUUGUGGCUUGAUGUAUUUGGAUGCAAUUAUAUUAAUUUUCUAGCUUUAAAGUGUA